GCUACAUCGUGUGGUAUUGUUCCGCGUGUGUAUUUUGAUAAGCAACAAAAGAGCGCGCUUCACAUAACGCGCUGAGAAAAGUAGCUUGUUAAAACUUCUCGCUCACUGACUGACGCUGUUUUUGAUCAGACAUGUCGUUCCGAGACCCCCGAGGGAGGGACAACAUGAACCGUUGGGGACGAGGUGGUGACGACGGCCCACGCGGCAGCCUCAAGGGCAGGCAGCCUGGCGAGCGGCUGCGCAAGCCCAAGUGGGACAUGUCACGGCUGCCCCCAUUCCAGAAGGACUUCUACAAGGAGCACCCCACCACCGCCCACAGGCCCAAGCACGAAGUGGAGGCAUACCGGAAGCAGCACGACAUCACCAUCCGCGGCAAGGACGUUCCCAACCCCAUUCUGACAUUUGAAGAGGCUAACCUGCCGGAUUUCUGCAUGUCGGCAAUCCGCCAGGCGCAGUACAACACCCCCACUCCCAUUCAGGCACAGGGUUGGCCGAUCGCCCUCAGCGGACGGGAUAUGGUCGGCAUUGCUCAGACCGGAUCGGGCAAAACACUCGCGUACAUCCUUCCAGCAAUCCUCCACAUCAGUCACCAGCCUUACUUGGAGCGUGGUGAUGGCCCCAUCGCCUUGGUGGUGGCCCCCACGCGAGAGUUGGCCCAGCAGAUCCAGCAGGUGGCGGCGGAGUUUGGCAGGGCCUCCCGCAUCCGCAACACGUGCGUCUUUGGCGGCGCUCCCAAGGGGCCACAGAUCCGUGACCUUGAGAGGGGAGUGGAGAUCUGCAUAGCGACCCCCGGCCGUCUGAUCGACUUCCUGGAGGCGGGCAAGACGAACCUGCGCCGCUGCACAUACCUGGUGCUGGACGAGGCGGACCGCAUGCUCGACAUGGGCUUUGAGCCGCAGAUACGCAAGAUUGUCGAGCAGAUUCGGCCUGACCGUCAGACGCUGAUGUGGAGCGCCACCUGGCCCAAGGAGGUGCGCUCGCUGGCGGAGGACUUCCUCAAGGACUACGUGCAGAUCAACAUCGGGGCGCUGCAGCUGUGUGCCAACCACCGCAUCCUGCAGAUCAUCGACGUCUGCCAGGAGUCCGAGAAGGACACCAAGCUCCUCAAGCUGCUGCAGGAAAUUAUGAACGAGCGUGAGAACAAGACCAUAAUAUUUGCCGAGACCAAGCGUAAGGUGGACGAGCUGACGCGCAGGAUGAGGCGCGAUGGUUGGCCUGCCAUGUGUAUCCACGGGGACAAGUCACAGCCGGAACGGGACUGGGUGCUUGGAGAGUUCCGAAGUGGGAAGUCUCCAAUCCUGGUCGCCACCGAUGUUGCCGCCCGAGGAUUGGAUGUGGAUGACAUCAAGUUUGUCAUCAACUACGACUACCCGAACUGCUCGGAGGACUACGUGCACCGCAUUGGGCGGACGGCCCGCUCCAACAAGACGGGCACGGCGUACACCUUCUUUACGCCGGGCAACUCCAAGCAGGCCCAGGAGCUCAUCUCGGUGCUCAAGGAGGCCAACCAGGUGGUGAACCCCAAGCUGUUCGAGAUGUUCGAGAUGUCCCGCUCCUACGGAGGACGCGGCGGUCGCAACCGCUGGCGCACCUCGGGUGGCGGCGGCGGUCGCAGGAAUGACUACGAUGACGACGACCGACACGGAGGGCGCCGCUAUGCCACAGGUGCCAACGCCUACAACCCAGGCAACAACGACUACAGCACAUCGAACUCAGAGCUGCCAAACAGCAACUACGGAUACGGCAUUUCAAACUCGAACCAGUCGUCGCACCAGUCGUCACACCAGUCAUCGCACCAGCCAUCGCACCAGUCUUCACACCAGUCGUCGUCACACAGCAACUCGGGCGCUGCAUCUGGCAUGGGUAGCGGCGGCGGAGGUGGAUCGAUGAUGGCGAUGACAGCGAUGGGACACAUGGCUCCCAUGACACCCAUGAUGGGGCAGAUGACGCACAUGAUGCCAGUCAUGCACAUGCCCAACGGCCAGUCGUACAUGAUGGCGGCACCCAUGCAGCAGUCGGGACAGCAACAGUCGGGGCAGCAACAGUCGUCGCAGCCACAGCAGCAGUCCGGACAGCAACAGAUUCCCCACAGUCUGCUGGGUCCGCCACCCCCACCCCCACCACCGCCGGGCGUCACUAACGGCGCAGCGUGGUAGAAGCUGUUGUGCUGCGAGCUGGACUCUCUUUGUUUUUAUUUUUCCACCUCAUGGUUUUUAGAUAUAUGUGCAGCAUUAGAGACAGCUGCAGUGGCGCCAGUGUGUUGCAUUCGGUUGCACCCAGUGAAGUUGAGGCACUCUAUACCCUGUGCUUUU